AUGCUUCUGACGAUUCUUCCAUUACUGGCUUUAUUUCUACAUUCAUCUGCUCGAGAUUAUGAUAUGGAAUGUCUUUGGUGCAUCGAUGUGGUAUGUGACACUCGCGAUAACUUCGGCAACAACAUCGUUAACGCCACAAAUGCUGCAUUCGAAGCGUACUUCACCAGAACUUGCCUUCUGGAUCGGAUGAAGUCGGACGACGAUGACGAUGAUGUGACGAUCUACUGUAGGUUCGUCAGAAACUCAACUCAACGAAGCAUAAAGGAUUCAACUUGGUGUUUCAUUGUCAUCAUGUGGAGAUUUCAUCCAAUAUUGGUAAGCAGCAAUCAAAUCCAUGUUCCAAAAUCCCGGCGUGCUUAG